UCUUUAUAACAAAGUAUUUUCGAACUUUAACUGCUACAUUAAGUAAACAAAUACGUAAUUAGUAGCUCACGCCAUAAGGUAAUUUUCACGAACAAUAAGAAUCUAGAAACCCACAAAUUGCCAUUCUGAUUUUUUAUUCUCCAGAACAGGCUUUGUUUCAAAGUCUCUACAAUGCUGUCAAAGGUCUGUUUGUAAUUUACUACUCCAAAGAAACAUAAUUGACUUCGUCGGUAUAUUUAACCGAGUACUUUUUUAUUGCAGAUAAAAAACAUUAUUUGGUGUCUAGGUCGGCAAAAAAUACGUAAUGGUGAAAUUGAUUCUGUGGUCACGUUACUUGACCGUUUGAUACUCUACAACUCCGGACUAGCUUCUUACACCACAACAUACAAAGUGCACUGGACUGCUCAUGUACUAUUAACAUGUUUCAUAAUUGCCUGCGUCUUACAAAUAAUAGCUUUAUUUAUGGGCAAGGAUGACCCAGACAGGCUGUUUGAAUGCUUCAGCGUGCUCUCAUUUUGUGCCAUGGGGAUGCUCAAACUACUGUCGCUGCGGAAAAACCAUCGAAAGUGGCGAAAACUUCUUACCCAAAUAACAAUAUUGGAAAAUACACAGUUGAGCAAUCGCUCUAUAUCCUACGUCGAGUACCAAUCAGACAGCGAAGAUUCUGACAAUUUCUCUGAUCAUAUUAGUAUUUACACGAAAAAAUUUCGUGGAACAUCAAUUGUUCUGACUAGAAUUUAUUCCUUCACCGCUUUUCUCUUUAUUUUGUCACCGUUUGCUGAACGAAUAAUUUGCGAGAUUCGUGGCGUGGAAUGUGUGGGUUAUCCCCACGUAUUUCCUGGGUGGACUCCACUCGAUGAUUUUAGUAUUUUCGGCUACCUUAUCACCGUUUUGUGCGAGGUUUUUUCAGCUGUUUACUGUGUAUGUGUCCAUAUGGCGUUCGACUUAACAGUCACAGGCAUCAUGAUAUUCGUAUGUGGUCAGUUUUCUUUGCUCCGGGACUAUAGUUCCCGGAUCGGAGGCAAAGGAAGGCAGUGCAAUUUGUCAAUGAGAAGGGACGAGAGGGCUCGGUUCAGGAUUAUACGUUGUCAUGACAUUAAUCUUUUACUAGUCAAGUAAGUAGGUACCAGUAGUUACAAUAAUUUUUGAAGUG